CUGCUUCAAAUUGUUAAAAUAGUCGUCAAUGGCCCAGUUGUCUGGAAGAACGGCUUACCAUUACCGGUCAUCAGCACGGGUGGUUCUGGCUCUCCAAUAAAAUUACCAGCUAAGUCCCCGAAUUCUUUGCUAUCCUCUUUAUCUAAUCUGCGAUCCUUGACUAAUCUCUCCUGCGCCAAUGCUCAAAUCCCAGCUCCUGUGGUAAAAACGACUUCGGCAGUUUUAUCGGCUCCUCUGAUUGGGCCACAUAGGGGAAAUAUCUCAACCGGGAAAUCAAUGUCUUCCACACUUAUGACUACUAUGAAAAAUAGCAGUGCUGUCAACAUCAUUUCUCGCGAUUCCUAUUCUAGGAGCUUAAGCCGAGGUCGUAGCAUCGAUCCAAGUGCCCCUGUCCUCAGGACAGCAUCCCCUUUGAAAGUUGAAGUUCUUCACAAUUUGAACUCAAAUGAGUCCUCGGCCACUUGCUCAACUCAAUCUUCUUCAUUACAAUCAUCAUCUACUUCAUUAAAUUUAAAAAAUCGCACUUCGCAUGGCUCAUUCAAGGACAAAUACUCGGAUGACAAUAAAGACACUGGGGAGCAGAAGAUCGAUCCCAAAGCUUAUAUGCGCUACAUUCGGCCCAGCACUUUGGAACGAUUGAUUCGAUGUGGUAUUCUGAACCGAGAAUAA